UAUAGGCCGUGUCCGGCAUGUCGAAUUCCUGCGAGCCAAAGCUGUCGAGAGAAUGACAGACGUCAAUGUCAAAAAAACAUACAAUCAACAAACCUAAUGGUCACGGAACACACAUAUAUGCAGAAUGCCGUCAGUAGAUGUUCGAAAAGAUUUUCUUCUUGGCAGCUGUGCCUCCUUCUUUGACAUUCCAUCCGGAGAUGGGGUUAUUUCUCAUCUCUUUAAUGCCAAGGAGCUGAACACCUUCCUUGAUGAUGCUAACUGCUCAGUGCUGUCAGCCAAAGUCAACAGUCUAGGCAAUGAAAGAAAAGUGCUCCUCAGCAACAAAGUUGAUCCAAGCGAGACAGGUGAGAAAGUUCUAAGCUUCUUCAAGGUCCGACCAAAUGUCAUAUCACAAGACAAUGUAUAUUCGGAUAUCUUCUGUCUGUCCAUGUUGGACUCUCCAUGCAGCGCCUUAUACCAUGCUGUGGACAAGGUGUAUGCCCCGUUGCUCAUCAAGGAUGAGAAAUGGAGUCGCACAUUGGAUCCCAAGCUGCAGAACCUACUUACUGAAUUUCAGGCAGGAUUACAGAGCCUAAUCAGGAAGAUUGACCCCUCACAGGCUGGUAAAGUGGUCAGAGAUGACAGUAAUUUUGCAGGUAUCUUGACUCCCAGUGAUGAAUUUCAGUACUGGGCAGAGGUCGCUAUUUCGGGCACCAAGCUAGAAACCAAGGAGCGGGCCCAGCUUUUUCAGCAAUACUUUGAACCGAUUACAAGAGACUACAAUAACUUAGAUGCGUUGUCAUUAGCUGAAGGAUUAGACCUGGUGGAAACAACACAAGAUGCAUUGGAUGAUGUCUGGAAGCAGGGUGAAUUUGACCCUUAUCCAGAGAAGAGAAUGAAACACUUUAUAGAAGUCAUUGGGAGUUCCCUUGGCAGAUAUGCUCAGAGGAAACUUAGUGUAUUCAAGCUGUGGGAAGACCCUUACCACAGAGUCAAGGAAUCCCUGACACAAGCCAUUGCUAUCUGUGAUAAGUGGGUGGCAUCUUGUGAGAGACUGACAGAGCAGUUCUGGAAGAGAGACCCUAUCCAUCCCUGGAAGAGCUCCAAGUUUGCACCAGAAGGUCUGGUCCAACUAUCGGCCAGACUUCAGGAGAUUGCAACCUUGAGGACGGUCCAUGAGCAGCUAGCACGCCUUCUGUCUACUGGUGAGCAACAUGAACUCAGGACAGCUGAUGCAUUCACACAUUUCAGAGGACUCAACGCCUUACAAUACAACCCCUACACAGAACCUAUGUGGAGAGCAGCUGUUACUCAGUAUCACAGAGCAAUGGCGCCAGCUGAGCAGCGUAUUGCAGGCAAGCUACGAUCUCAGCUGAGGAAUCUUGAGGCAAGCCCCCAGCAAUUACUGCGAGAGUUUCUGAAGAACAAAGAGCUGGUGAGCAGGGAGGGUGUACGUAAGGAACUAGUGUCAGAAAGGGAAACUCUUCUGGGUCAGCUCCAGGUCUACCUUAAAACAAUCAAAGAUGACUUCAACACGCGCAUCACUGAUACUAGCCCUCCAACUGGCAAAAAUCUACCGGAGGUUGUAAACAACAUUGUGUGGGUCAGACAGCUAGAAGCAAAGGUUGAAGAGACGUCCUCUGUAGCUGAGGCACUCCUGAAGGAUCUGUCUGGAUUCAGUCGUUUUAGGAGGAGUGCUGGGGACUUGGUGGAUGAGUUACGGAAUUGGCGGCAGGAGCAGUUUGAUAACUGGUCUCGUGAGAUGCUGGCAGCUAUAGAAGACCCUAAGAAACCUCUCAGUCUGCAGAUGAGCGGUCGCCUGAUGGAGUUUGAUACCAAGAACCAGGAAUUGAAAGUGUCUUACAGUGAGCGUCUUGUCACGCUUAUACGAGAAGUCAGACAACUACAAGCCUUAGGAUACCCAGUGGCUGCCAAGAUACAACACACAGCUGCCAUUGCUCAGAAGUUCUACAAACACGGAGUUAUCCUUAAACAGGUGGCUCACUUCCACAACACCAUUGCAGAGCAGAUGAUACCCAGCCAACGCAACAUGAUGCUGCAGUCAGCCCUUGCCUUUGAGCGCAUGAUAAAGAAACCCAAGACAGGAGCCAAGGAUGGAGGAGGGGGCAAGGUGCAGAUAACAUGGGACAAUCCUGAGGAACUGGAGGCAUAUAUCGUCAAGUUACGAGCUGCUGCUGAGAAGUUGACCACGGAGAACAGGAGACUUAGGAAGUGGCAUUUUACUGUAUCAGAUAAGGUGAUUCAGCUGAUGUCAGUGGACCUGCUCCGCCAGCAGCCUCGCUGGAAGGAAGGUCUACAGGAGAUCCGUGGCAUUAUGAGCACCUUAGAAAACCAGGGAUACAAGAGAGAAGACAUGAAGAGCUGGAAGAUACAUUGGGAUUGGCAGCUGUAUAAAGCCUUAGAGCAUCAGUACCAGAUGGGGCUGGAAGCAUUGAAUGAACACUUGCCCGAGAUCAAAGUGGAUCUCACAUUCAGACAGCAGCGUCUUCAGUUCCGUCCGCCCUUAGAAGAGAUCCGAGCUAAAUACUACCGUGAGAUGAAGAAGUUUAUCAGUCUGCCUUACCAUUUCCGAGGUUUGGCUGACCCUGGAGAUAACGCCAUCUUCCCAGUUCUCAUUGAGAGGCAUGCAUCGUCAUUCUCCACUGUCUAUCAGAAAGCUGAAGACCUCUUCGACAGAUUAGCUAAUGUCAAGAAAACUUUCAAGGACUGGGUAGUUUUAGGAUCAGUUGAUUUGGAUAAGCUGAUAGAAGGCAACCUACAUACAGUGGCUGAUUGGGAGAGGAACUUCAAAUCUCUGAAGGCUAGAGGCAGGGAUAGUGAGAAGCUGCCAAGCCAAAUCAAAGUGGACUGCAUCACUGUCUCAGCUGCUCCAGUCAAGACCACCAUUGACAGUCUCAUCCAGCGCCUCUUUGAUGCCCUCUUAUCCUCCCUGAGAUAUUCCAUCACUGAACACAUCAAUGAGAUUGACCGCUUCCUCAAAGACUCCAUGGAAGCAUUGUCUACACGACCACAGACAGUGGAAGAGAUAGGGAAGGCCAAUGCUAAGCAUGCAGAGCUCCAGGCCAAGAAACCAGAAAUCAAACCUUUGUUUGAGAAAGUAGAGGGCAAGAAUAAACUCCUGCGUACUGUGUCAGGUGGAGGGAUAGAACAGCUGAGUCAGUUGCAUUCAAGAUGGGAUAAGUUUGAACUGAUGAUGGAGAGCCAUGAACUCAUGGUCAAAGAACAGGUAGAGGUUAUGAAGAGCAAUGUGGAGUCCAGAGUGGAAGCCUUUAGGGCAGAUCUUGAGAAGUUUGCUGCUCGCUGGCACCAGUUCAAACCCAAGACAGACAUCAUUGAGACUGGAGACAGGGAAUCAUGCUCCAAGGCACUGACCACUGUCAAGGAAAAGAAACAGGAGUUUGAAGAGCUAGAGAAGACUAGGGAAAGUCUAGUGUUCGAUUGCAAUCACUUUGGUCUUGAUGAGCCUCAUUUUGCUGUAGCUGAGGAGCUGAAGGAAGAUUUCAAGCAGAAUGAAGCAAUGUGGGCUCUGUAUGAUGAAUUCAGUAACGGACUCAGAGGACUGGAAGAUACAGAAUGGAUCGUCUUUAGGUCUAAGACGUAUCAGUUUGAUGAUUUCUUGGCUCUUUGGGCUGAGAAGCUGCGAGCAGAGGACAUGGAACACACCAUGAUGACUGUCAGACUGACCAAGGAUGUGGACAAAUACAAGGCAGUUUCACCCAUGCUGAAGUACGUUAGCAGUGAUGUAUACUCACAGGAACAUUGGCAUGACAUGUUCCGCAUGCUGAAGAUGCCACGCAGCACUACACUGGAGAAGCUUACCUUUGGUGACAUCCUGGGAGCAGCUGAUCAAAUCAUUGCUAACAGUCAAGCUCUGAAGGAUUUAUUCAACCGAGCCAAGGGGGAGGUGUCAAUCCGUGAUGCCCUGAGAGAACUGGACCUGUGGGGUGUAGGUGCAACUUUUGUGUUGACUGAAUAUAAAGACAGCCAGUCAGAGGUCAUCAUGCUCAUCAAAGACUGGAAGGAAAUUGUUACAGAGGUUGGAGACAACCAGAGCCUUCUGCAGUCUCUCAAGGAUUCUCCUUACUACAAGGGCUUUGCUGACAAGGCCACCAUUUGGGAGCAGAGACUGGCUGAUCUGGACGAGUUCCUUCACAACUUGAAUCAAAUCCAGCGCAAGUGGGUCUAUCUGGAACCCAUCUUUGGCCGAGGGGCUUUGCCCAAGGAACAGGGACGUUUCAAGAGGGUUGAUGAUGAUUUCAGGAAUAUCAUGAUGGAUGUUGCUCGUGAUAAUAGAGUGUUGUCCCUAGUGGGUAGACCAGGAUUGAGGAAUACCUUGGUGGCUCUUCUAGAUCAGCUGCAAAGAUGCCAGAAAGCUCUCAAUGAAUUCUUGGAGGAGAAACGUUCCAUCUUCCCCCGCUUCUACUUUAUCGGGGAUGAUGAUCUGCUGGAGAUCCUUGGCCAAUCCACUAACCCAGUGGUCAUCCAGACACAUCUCAAGAAGCUAUUUGCAGGCAUUCACAGCGUGGAAUUUGAUGAAGGAAAUAAGAACAUCUUGGCCAUGAAAUCUUUGGAAGGAGAGGUGGUACCCCUCAAGAGCCCUGUGCAAAUAACGGCCGAUGUAGAGGUCUGGUUGGGUGAGCUUGCUCGUGAAAUGAAGGAGACUUUACAGCAGUUACUGGUGGAAUGUCUUCGGGCUCAAAAAGGUGGUCAUGGACAAGGGGUCGACCCCAACAAGUUCCCCUCACAGAUCUUGUGUUUGGCCAAUGAGAUUCAGUUCACUGAGCAAUGUGAGUCAGCCAUGAAGGAGAACAGCCUGCAGGAAUAUCUGAUAGAGUUAGAAGCCCAGCUGGAAGGCUAUACAUCUGUGGAUAUACAAGGAAAUGGAGAGAAUGACCAAGCUAUGCAUGUACUGGAGCUCAAACUCAAGGCACUGAUCUUGGACAAUAUCCACUUCAUUGAUGUGGUGCAACAGCUGAUGAAAGACAACAUCCUGAGCAUGGAGGAGUGGAUGUGGCAGAAACAGCUGAGGUUCUAUCAAGCUGAUAAAGGGAAGGCUAUCAUGAGAAUGGUAGAUGCAGAGUUCCAAUACACAUUUGAAUAUCAAGGCAAUGCUGCCAAGUUGGUCCACACCCCUCUGACUGACAAGUGUUACCUAACCCUGACCCAAGGCAUGCACAUGGGUAUGGGAGGUAAUCCUUAUGGCCCAGCGGGUACAGGCAAGACAGAAUCUGUCAAAGCCCUUGGAGGCUUGUUUGGAAGACAGGUACUAGUCUUCAACUGUGAUGAGGGUAUUGAUGUCAAGUCCAUGGGUCGCAUCUUCAUUGGUCUGGUCAAGUGUGGAGCCUGGGGUUGUUUUGAUGAAUUCAAUCGUCUUGAGGAGGCGGUAUUGUCUGCUGUGUCCAUGCAAAUCCAGACAAUCCAGGCUGCAUUGAAGAGCAAGAAGGCAAACUGUGAACUGCUGGAUAGAACGAUUGACAUUGACCCCAAUUCCGGCAUCUUCAUCACCCUCAACCCAGCUGGCAAAGGUUACGGUGGUCGUCAGAAGCUACCAGAUAAUCUCAAGCAGCUUUUCCGGCCUGUGGCCAUGUCUCGGCCUGACAAUGAACAGAUUGCUGAGGUUAUUCUCUUCUCUGAAGGCUUCAAGGAUGGCAAGAGUCUGGGUCGCAAGCUGGUAGCCAUCUUCAACCUCUCGAAGGAGUUACUGACCCCUCAGCAGCAUUAUGACUGGGGUCUGAGAGCUCUCAAGACGGUACUCAGAGGAUCAGGUAACCUGUUACAGAUUGCAAGACGACAACAAGCCAAUGGCAAUACCAACAGCAAGAUUGACGAGAGCAAGCUGGUGGUCCAAGCCCUGCGUGUGAACACCUUAUCCAAGCUAACCUUCUCAGACAGCAGUCGCUUUGAUGCCUUGGUCAAGGAUGUCUUCCCUGGUGUUGAACUGAAGGACAUUGAGUAUGAGAGACUUGCUCAGAGUCUACGUGAAAUCUGCAAGGAGUCGAACCUAGUCAUCAUGGAAACACAGAUCAAGAAGGCGUUGGAGUUGUAUGAACAGCUUCGCCAGCGUAUGGGCGUAGUCAUUGUUGGACCCAGUGGCUCAGGCAAAUCUACAACCUGGCAACUGUUGAGAUCGGGAUUGAACAAGACAGGACAGGUGGUAAAACAGUACACCAUGAACCCCAAGGCUAUGCCGAGGACACAGUUGCUUGGUCAGAUUGACAUGGACACCAGGGAGUGGUCAGAUGGUGUGUUGACAUACAGCGCUAGACAGGUGGUCAGAGAACCCAUUGAGAUUCAGUCUUGGAUCAUCUGUGAUGGUGACAUUGAUCCUGAAUGGAUUGAAUCUCUCAACUCUGUCCUGGACGAUAACCGUCUGCUGACCAUGCCCUCUGGAGAGAGGAUCCAGUUUGGACCUAACGUCAACUUCCUGUUUGAGACUCAUGAUUUGAGCUGUGCCUCCCCUGCUACCAUCUCACGUAUGGGAAUGAUCUUCAUGAGUGACGAAGAUACCCAGAUCAAAGAUCUUGUAGAGUCAUGGCUGAACAAACUGCCACAGGAGCGUCGCUCUUCUCUCCAUGGCUGGAUUGAUAAGUACUUCUACAAGGCCUUAGAGUGGGUCUUGGCGAGAACCAAUGACUUUGUGGUGGAAACCAGUCAAGUGGGUGUGGUUAUGAAUGGACUGUCCCAUCUGUGGGGGGCUCAAGAUGAAGCUGACUUUGCCAUCUGUUUGAUCAGAGGCCUGGGAGGGAACUUGAAGGAAACCACCAGGCAGAAUUUUGCCAAGGAGGUGUUUCACUGGGCUCGUGAGAAUCCUCCGGACCCACGCAGACCUCUGGACACAUAUUACGAUGCUGGCAGUAGACGAUUCAUGAACUACGUUGUGGAGGACAAUGAUGACCUUACAGCAACUGAUUUCAACAAGCCCAACUCUCUCCCUGUCAUCCGAACUGCUAACGUCCAGCUGUGUCUUGAUUACUUUGCUCCGUGGCUGGACCCAGAUCACAGACAGCCAUUCAUCCUGGUUGGACCUGAUGGAUGCGGAAAGGGCAUGAUUCUACGGCAUUGUUUUGCCAACCUGCGUUCCACCCAGAUAGCUACCAUUCACUGCAGUGCCCAGACUUCCCCUACUCAUGUCCUGCAGAAGCUACAGCAGACAUGCAUGGUGCUUAGUACCAACACUGGCCGUGUCUAUCGACCCAAGGAUUGUGAGACAUUGGUCCUGUACCUCAAGGAUCUCAACCUACCUAAGCCGGACAAGUGGGGGACAUGUCAGCUCAUUGCAUUUUUGCAGCAGGUGUUAACCUACAGGGGCUUCUAUGACACCAACCUUGAGUGGGUCGGAUUGGAAGGUGUACAGAUUGUUGCUAGUAUGAACGCCGCACACACCGUAGGACGCCAUCAGCUGACUUCACGAUUCACAUCCAUUGUUCGCAUAUGCUCCAUUGGUUAUGCUGAUCAGGAUCAAUUACAAGCCAUCUACAGUACUUACCUGAAGGCUGUCAUUCAUACUCGCCUGCCAUCACAUCCUGUCUGGGGCUCGGUCUCCAAAAUUAGUCAGCUGGCUCGCUCCAUGCUCCAAGUCUAUGAACAGACACGUGCUAAGUUCUCCAUUGAUGAGCACAGCCACUACCUAUUCACCCCUCGUGAUCUGACUCAGUGGGUCCUUGGUCUCCUACGCUACGACUUCCAUUCCUCAUCCUCGGACAGCACCAGUGAUCAAGUCCUGGAGGUCUGGGCUUAUGAGGCAGCCCGUCUGUUCAGAGACAAACUAGUCAGUGAAGAGGGAAGGAGUCGCUUUGAUUCCAUCCUACUCGGUGCCCUUCAGUCAGAUUGGAAUGCUGGUCAUAUCUUGCAGAGCAUGUCUGGUGUGUACUAUGUAACAUGGGGAGCCAGGGCAGAAGCAGGGGCAGCUGGGGGUCCGUUACCACCAGUGGGGAAAUCAUUGGGCAAACUCAGCUCAUCUGACCUCAAAGAGGUCAUCAAGAGGGCAAAGGUCACCUAUGCUCGUGAAAAUCGUGACAUAAACAUCCAGAUAUUCCGUGAGGUCUUGGAGUACGUAGCCCAUGUUGACCGUGUCCUGUCUCAGCCUGGUGGUUCGCUGCUCAUGGCUGGUUGUAGUGGGGUGGGGCGUCGCACUGCCGUCACCCUAGUUACUCACUGUCAUCGUAUGGAACUAUUCACUCCUAAGAUGUCUAGAAACUACAGCAUGAAGCAGUUCAAGAAUGAUCUUAAAGGGGUGAUGCAGUUAGCAGGUGUUGAAGGCCAACAGGUAGCCCUUCUCCUGGAGGACCAUCACUUCAGCCAUCCUCAGUUCCUAGAACUCAUCAACAGCCUGCUAUCAGCUGGAGAGAUUCCUGGAUUGUACUCACCAGAGGAGCUUGAACCUCUCCUGGCUCCAAUCAGAGACCAGGCCUCCGAUGAAGGAUUCAGGGGAACACUAGCCAGCUACUUUGCAUCACGAAUUCUCAUCAACCUUCACAUUAUACUGAUCAUGGACUGCAAGAACUCUUCUUUCACCAUGAAUUGUCAGAGCAACCCAGCUCUGUACAAGAAAUGUUCUGUGCAGUGGAUGGAAGGUUGGAGCAAGGACAGUAUGAGGGAGUUACCCAAGAUGCUUCUGAGAAGUCAUCCUUCCGACAGUGAUAAGAAAGAUAAAGGCAAAGAGAGCAAGCGUCAUCGCAAGUUGUCAGGCGGGGAUGACCUCAUCAAAUCAUUCCUACAGAUCCAUAGAUCGGCAUCACAGCAUGACUCCACACCACGUCGUUAUGUGACCUUCUUGCAUACCUACAUGUCAGUGUAUCAGAAGAAGAAAGCUGGGGUGGAACUCAGACAGAAGCACUUGAAGGCUGGUGUGUCAAAACUGAAUGAGGCCAAAGCACUCGUUGCUGAGCUGAAUAGAAAGGCAGCCGAGCAGAGCGUCACGUUGGCUGAGAAACAGAGAGAAGCUGAUGAGGCACUCAAGAAGAUCCAGACAAGUAUGGAGAAUGCUGGAAAGCAGAGGCAGGAAAUUGAGAUCCUCAAACAGCAAGCUGAUGAGGAGAACCAGAAACUGGACAAACGUAAACGCAGCAUCGAUUUGGAGCUGGCUGAGAUUGAACCUCAAGUGCAAGCAGCCAAGUCGGCCGUUGGUAGCAUCAAACCAGAGAGUCUGAGUGAGAUACGAGCAUUGAGAGCACCGCCGAAUGUCAUCCGAGACAUCCUAGAGGGAGUCUUGAGACUCAUGGGAAUCUUUGAUACAUCCUGGGUCAGCAUGAAAAGCUUUCUGGCCAAGCGUGGCAUCAAGGAGGACAUUGCUAACUUCAACGCCCGUAAUAUUUCAGCUGAAAUCAGAGCAGGGGUGGAGGAACUUCUGGAUAGAAACUCAGCCUCCUUUGACCCUCAUAAUGCCAAGAGAGCUAGUGUUGCUGCUGCACCAUUGGCUCAAUGGGUGAAAGCCAAUGUCAUGUAUUCACAUGCACUGGAGAAAAUAGGCCCUCUGGAAGCUGAACAGAACCAUCUCAAAAAGAAUCUUCAGAAAGCCAUGGCUAAGAUGGAGAAGCUUCAGAAAGGACUGGAGGACGUUGACCGACGUGUGGAGGAAUACAAGAGGAAAUUCCAGAAGUUGAAUGAGGAAGCGACCAAGCUAAAACUGGAAUUAGAGAAAGAGCAAGAAACCAUCCAAACAGCUGAGAAUCUCAUUGGUAAACUGGACGGGGAAUACCAGAGGUGGAGUACACAGGUGACGGAGCUGCAGACAGACCUAGAAACACUUCCCAAGAAGGCUCAGAUUGCAGCCGGCUUCAUCACCUAUCUGUCCUCAGCUCCCGAGGAUGAACGGCGUGCUAAGCUCAACUCCUGGGCAGAGCUAGCCGGGUUGGAGAAGUUUGAUAUGAGACGAUUCCUGAGCACAGAGAGUGAACAGUUGAUCUGGAAAGGGGAGGGGUUGCCUAGCGAUGAUCUCUCCAUGGAGAAUGCUGUGGUUAUCUUACAGAUUAACAACCUGCCUGUUGCGAGUUCCUUGAGACCAUUCUUGGUAGAUCCAUCUUCUAGGGCCACUGAAUGGCUCAAGACGCAUCUGAAAGAGGCCAGAUUAGAGGUGGUCAACCAGCAGGAUGCUAACUUCACCACAGCCUUGGAGUUGGCUGUCCGCUUUGGCAAGACUCUGUUGAUUCAGGAGAUGGACGGUAUUGAACCGAUCCUAUUCCCGCUCCUCAGAGCUGAUCUAGUCAGUCAAGGACCACGGUUUGUGAUUCAGAUUGGAGACAAGGUAAUCGACUACAAUGAGGAUUUCCGUUUGUUUAUGACCACACGCAACCCUAACCCUGAGAUCCCACCUGAUGCGGCUUCAAUCAUCUCAGAAGUUAACUUCACCAUAACCAGGGCAGGCUUGACUGGUCAGUUGUUGGCUAACACCAUCCAGCAUGAAAAGCCAGAGUUGGAGGUCCGUAAGACAGAACUAUUGAAGCAAGAGGAAGACCUCAAGAUCCAACUGGCUGAACUGGAGGAAUCCCUUCUCGAGACUCUAGCUAAAUCUGAAGGCAACAUCUUAGAGAACAAAGCCCUCUUAGAAUCCCUAAACAAGACCAAAGAGAGCAGCCAGACCAUCUCCAACUCGUUGGAGGAAUCGGUCAAUCUCCAGGCGUCCUUAGACCAGGAGAGAUCCGCCUACUUGCCCCUGGCAGAGAAUGGUAGCACCUUGUUCUUUGUCAUCAGCGACCUGGCUAAGCUGAAUAACAUGUAUCGCUUCAGUCUCGGGGCAUUCUUGAGGCUGUUCCUGAGGGCACUGGAAGGAAGAACUGAUGGUAGCAGCACUGAGAUGCGUAUCCAGAAGCUGGGUAUCUCCUUACAGAAUCUCAUCUAUGAGUAUGUCUGCAGGUCACUCUUUAAGGCAGAUCGCCUCAUGUUUGCCCUCCAUCUGGUACACGGCAUGCAUGCUCAUCACUUCAAGGAAAAUGAAUGGGAGGCAUUCUUGGGUCAGAUUGUGUCCGAUGUCAAGUCUGACGCCAGUAAGUCAAGAGAUGCCUUACCUAGUUGGAUAGAUCAAGACAGAGUCCAAGCUGUCUCAGUCCUCAAGUCCAAUUUCACCCAGUUGUACCAGAACUUGAGCCUGUCGGACUCCAGCCUCUGGUCCUCCUUCUCAAGGAGCUCUCAGUGUGAGCAAGAAUUCCCAUCAAGUCUAGACAAGAAGAUCUCACCAUUUCAACAGACACUGGUGGUGCAAGCUCUUCGACCAGACAGAUUGCAGAGCUCCAUGGCUAUGUUUGCUUGCAGAGUCCUGGGUAUGAAGGAGCUGUCUCCUCCGACACUCAACCUGAAGCGACUGUGCCAGGAGACAGUGCCUACUGAACCCAUUCUGGUCAUCAUCUCACCUGGUGCUGACCCGUCACAAGAACUACAAGAACUGGCUAAUGAAGUCAUUGGAGCUGAGAAGUAUCACCAGGUUGCCAUGGGUCAGGGGCAGGCAAACAUUGCUAUGCAGCUUUUGCAUGAUUGUGCUCGUAAUGGAGAGUGGCUGUGCUUGAAGAAUCUCCAUCUGGUUACAUCCUGGCUACCGGUUCUAGAGAAGGAGAUAAACACUCUUGAGCCCCAUGAGAAGUUCCGUCUGUGGUUGACAGCUGAAAGUCAUCCCAAGUUCCCUACUAUCCUACUUCAGUCCAGUCUAAAGAUCACAUAUGAGGCCCCACCUGGUAUCAAGAAGAACCUCCUUCGUAGCUACGAGUCCUGGUCUCCUGAGUUUAUCUCUAAGGAUAACAACACCAUCCGUGCUCAGGCCCUGUUUGCCUUGGCUUGGUUCCAUGCUGUCUGCCAAGAGAGACGUAACUUUAUCCCACAGGGCUGGACCAAGUUCUACGAGUUCUCGCUCUCAGACCUAAGAGCAGGUGCUGACAUCAUCAAUCGCCUGUCCAAGAGUAAAAGCAAAGAAAUGAAAUGGGACUUCAUUCAUGGACUGUUUGAGAAUGCCAUCUAUGGUGGUCGUGUGGAUAACCCUUUUGAUAUGCGAGUUCUACGAUCCUACCUAUCUCAGUACUUCAACAAGGACACCCUGACAGGAGGAGGUUCAAGAAAACCCAAGAAGAUAGCUUCAGGAGUGAGUGUUCCUUCCUCAGCUUACUACAGGGAAUACACUGACAUGAUCAAGUCCUUCCCUGAAGAUGACAAGCCAUCCUAUUUUGGCCUGCCAGCCAACAUUGAGCGUUCCUCACAGCGUAUCAUCAGCAGCCAGGUCAUCUCCCAGCUCAAGAUCCUGCGGCGUCUUGAUGAAACUGCAGUCAAGUUUGAUAUAGAUCGAUGGAACACAGAACUGGGACCCAUCUUGAACCUGUGGAAGAAGCUCAACCAGGGUUCACAGCUGAUCCAAAUGAAAUUACAGCCUCCCAGUGAGAAGUCGGGCAAUUCUGAGAGUCCAGUCACCUCUUUCAUCCAGCUAGAGAGAUACAAUGCCAUCACACUCGUCCAGUUUGUUCAUUCCACGCUGGCUGCUCUUAGCAAGGUGAUCCGUGGUACCACACUGCUCACUAGCGAGGUGCAGAAGUUGGCUUCAUUGCUGCUCAAACAAGAGACACCCCUAGAUUGGCUGAGUAGGUGGGAUGGUCCAGAGGAUCCCAUACAGUAUCUGCGUACUCUAGUGGCCCGUACCAUGGCCAUUCAGGGGUGGGUUCAGAAGACGGAGUCUAGGUCCCUGUUGAAUGAAACCCUGGAUCUGUCAGAGCUAUUUCAUCCAGAUACAUUCCUCAAUGCACUGAGACAGCAAACGGCCAGAGAUAUCAAGACUUCGAUGGACAAUCUCAAGUUUGUCUGUCGUUGGGGUGGAAGCAUCUCGGGUGCCAGGCACCAAGUCAAGAUUGGUGGGCUCCAGUUAGAGGGUUGUACAUUUGAUGGAUCUAGGCUGUCUGAAAACCAGAGGGAUUCACCCAGUGUCUGCACUGUGCCCACAUGCACAGUUGCAUGGGUUCUUAAGGAUUCCAGUGAACCGUAUGGUCCAGAGGAAAGCAUCUCUCUACCUGUUUACUACAGCUCAGACAGAGAGAAGAUUGUCACUCAUCUAGCUGUGCCUUGUGGUGGGGAUCAGGAACAUUGGGUGCAGACGGGAGCCGCACUCUUCCUGAAAAGCCUGUGAAUUAGACUGGCUAUGACUGACCAUGAUUACAUCACAAUAAUCUCAAUACCCGCCAGAGUUGUGGGAACGGGUGAACAAAAGUGACAGAUUGAUAGCAGACAGUCUUAAUACAUCCUCAGAAUCUCUGACUCAGGCGCUGAGAAUGAACAGAAUGUUGUCGUUGUGAUCUCCGACAGGUCAUUUAAAUUUGUACACCUGCACAGAUCACUAGUGUGAAUCACUAGUGUGAUCUACUUGCACUAGAACUACAUUUAGAAGACAAUAUCUGUUCUUAGUUUUGCUGGAUGUUUGAACUUCUACUGGGCUAAAUUAAAUCCAUCUUUGAAAUAGUUCUAUUGGGCUAUAAUUUAUCAUGAAUGACAUUUUCAAGUUUGAAUGAUUCAAAGGAACAUUCCAUUGAAGAGGCAUUUUAAGUCUAUUUUCCAUCAAAGUUUUAUGCAUGUGAAUGUAUUACCUGUUCUAGAUCUUCUUUCUGAGUGGCUAAAUGUUUCAAAUAUAAAAAAGGAUACAUGUAGACACAAAACGCCCUGUUUAUUUCCAAAAAAAAGUUAUGAUCAACUUUUUUUUUUUUUUUUGAGUUUUGCCAAAGUUGGUUGUGCUAUGAAUUGAAUGUUCCUUUCAAAUCUGGGAUUGAAAACAAAGAAAUUCCGUUGUUUUGGCCAUAAAUAGACAUUGAUCAGGAUGUAUAAUUCUGCUGUAAACAAUAGACAUACAUUUGUUUGAAAGAGUUCUCAGUGUAUAUUAUGUUGACUGCGAUUUGUAGAUGAAAGGAAAGUUUGUAUAUAGUGGCAUCUAGGUUUUUCUCGUGAAGUGUGUGAAUGAUUUCCCAGUGUAUAUAAUUGGUUUCAGAUGUGAAGGCAACAAAGUACUGAACUAUUUUAUGGAAUGAUCCCUUACUAUGAUUGAUAGAGUUAGUAACGACCGCAAAGUCCUGAAAGUUGUCCUACAUUCGUAAACUCUAUUGCUCAGCAGCAAUCUAGAAAAGUAAAUCUCUUUUCACUUUAACAUUAUUUAAUUUGGAGCACUCCUUUGAGAACUUCAUGCGUUCCACAAUUGCAACAUAGGCACUAUACUAACACGUCAGUUGACAAAAUCAUUAUUAGUUAACAGAAACAAAGGUUUGUCUUUGUAGGUUAUUUCUCAGCUGUUUUCAUUUGAAACUUCUCUCUCCCAAUUCAUACUGCAGGCCGUGUUCCCAGUGAUAUGACUUUUAGCAUUUGGGGUUUGGAAAUACCAAGCCAAGCAUGGUCAUUCUUGUUGAGCAAGCGGUCAAGAUGUCUGCACUUCAAAAUUCGAGAACAAACACGCUUGCAACACCUUUUGAUUUUGGUGCCAAAAGCCUUCAUUUAAUCCAUACAACUUUUUACAGGCAGUAAUAUAUUCAUCUAAGGAAUGAACAAAGUUUUUGGAGACGUAAUCUUACUCCGGAGAUAAUUUUUACUAGUCAUGACUGAUACAGGUUACAUAGGAAUUAUGCACGGUGUUUAACAGAAACCACAGGACAAAUUGUGUGACCUAUUUCUUUCCAGUAGCAUCGUAUGCAGUUUUGUUUAUCAUACUUUGACUGAAUUAUACAAAUACUCUAUUUUAUAAAAUUAAAAGAAGACAACUGCGGGAAGUGUAGUAAUAAACAGAAACCUUGGAAUAAGUCUGA